AUGACUGCUGUGCUACCGUCCCCGGCGGACAGCCGUUUGUGUUUCUCCCCAGACCCAGUGGGCAGACAACCCGUAACGCAGAGAUACUUCCUCGAAACAGAUGAUUCCAUGGCGAAACUUCCGCAUAUCUAUACGUCCGACUACCCAAGUCCAAUUACAUGUUCCGCAGCCUCUUCGUCUCCCUCAUCGCCUAAUUUCGCCCCGGUUGCAUCGCAAAACUUCCCCCCUACCCCCACUUCCUCCACAGGUUCCGUGUCGUCCAGCGAACCUGGUGACCAAGACGAUGAGUUGUUGUUGCCGGCGUAUGAUAGUGCAUUCUUCCCCGAGGAACCCAGCGCCGCCUCCGACACUUCUGAUAUCUUGUCGGCGGACUCGACUCGCUCAGCUCCACAAAUAUCCGCGGCCGACGAUAGUUCGGUUGAGGAGGAGCCUUCGAGGCAUGUGGACUACCUCUCACAUGAGUGGAGAGAAGAAGAUAUUUGGGCAUCAUGGCGCUAUGUAGUCGCUCGCAGAGAGGUAUAUGAGAAUGGCGUCAGGUUGGAAAACGCUUCAUGGCGAACAUGGACCAAAUUGAGGCACAACUUGGGUACCAUUUCCCCAGACACCCUCAAUUGGCUAAAGGAUUGUGAUGUGACCUGGUUGUAUGGGCCCCUCAAAACUUCGCGUGCGCGAGUGAAGUCACUGAAUCUGUCUCCUCCGCCGAGCUGCUCAGAAUCGCCGAGCAAUUGCCCUGACCGAAAAUCUAUCCUCAAGAAGAGGACUGCCUCAGAGACUAUGCUUCAACGCUCAUUAUCCCAGCACACUCUUCUGCAACAUGCCGGGGCUAUUUUGAAAGCGCAGGAGGCCGGGCAUUCUCGGAAUCGUACAACGCUUGGCGUACGCCUGUCAGAGUUUGAGUUGGAGACUGAUAAACAAUCUGAUGAGACACUUGAGGCCACUCGCACUAGAUUUGCAAUUUCUGUCUCGCCUUCAGGCGCUGGUUCGCCAAGUGAAAGACGUCACAUCCAUUUCAAUAAGGAGGUCCUACAAUGCAUUGCCGUGGAAGGAAAAGACGAGGAAGAGGAAUUCUUAGAGUUCGGAGGUGACUUGUCCUGGGACGAUAGUUUCAUUGUGAAACCAGCUUCUCCCAGCGGGGGAAGUACACCACGCGCCAACUCUAGCGGCGAGAACAAAACGAUCGCACCUCUUCCCCCAACUACGCUCAAGUAUCGUGGCGAUACACCUGAGCCCCAGCCCUCUUCGGUCAUCAAUCCUUGGUCAUGGACAAAGUAUAUUCCAGGACGUCGACUAUAUUCCUCAUCUAUAGGGGCGACAACGCGACAAUCCCAAGGGUCACCGGGGGCUUUAGGCGAUAGCCGUACUGAUCCUGGCCAUGGUCGGGAUUGGACCCAAGAUGUGGACGAUUCGAGCAAUUCGUGGUUUGUGGAUCCAGCUGAUGAAGACGAAGACGCGCAGAAUUUCUAUCUGGCUUCUCUGGGUUUCCGCUCGCAGGAACACGAACAACCAUCCAAUGUCGAUGUUCUGGUUGACCGAGUGGUGGAUACCGUUAACACGGCAAAAGAUAUCCUCUUCUUAAUGAGGAACGUUGGCUGGAGGGGUUAA